AUGGAGACAGGGGUGUUGGCAGAAGAGCUGACCUGUAGUGUGUGUCUGGGGUUGUUCCAGGACCCCGUGGCAUUGCCCUGCCAGCACAGUUUCUGUGCAAAAUGUAUCAACGAUGCCUGGAAGACUUCAAAGACUCCGAGUGGAGUCAGCUGCCCUCAAUGCCGUCAGACCUUCAAACCCAGACCCAAAUUGGUGAAAAACCACACUCUGCAGAACAUCGUGGAGAAAUACAACCGGCACCCGCCCGUCGCUGCCACUUCUGCCCAGACGGUCCCCGUGAUGUGUGAGUACUGUAUCGACACUCCGACCCAGGCCGUGAAGACCUGUCUCAAAUGUGAAACCUCCUUCUGCUCCCGCCACCUGCAGCCGCACUUGACGAAGCAGAUUUACAAAAAUCACAACCUGAUCAAACCCACAGCCGACCUCGCACGGAGACAGUGCCCAAGUCAUGGGAAUAUCCUCGAGUUCUACUGUGAGCAAGACGAGGUGUGUGUGUGCGUGUCCUGCACCAUCGUCGAGAAUCACAAGUCCCACAGUCUGCUCAGUCUGGAGCAGGGAAAGGACAAACUCAAGGGGAAUCUAAAGAGAGAGAUGCAGAACCUUGUUACGUAUCAGAGCGAUUGGACAAGUGAGGAGCAGAAUCUGCAGGAAUAUGAAAAGGAAAUAGAGAAACACAUUGAGGAGCUGAAGAGAACAUUGUCGAAUGAGUAUUCCAAAUGGAGGAAGAAAUUGGAAGAGGAUGAAGAGUCAGCACUGAAGAAGAUCGAUGCAGAGAAGGACCGAGUGAUCUCCCAGAUCAAGAUCUGCUCAGAUUCACUGAGGGAAAAGAUUAAAGAAGUUCAAAUACUAGACAAAGAAGUGAAGUCUCAAGAGCACAAGGACCCUCUUUCCUUCAUUCAGGAUGUGAAACAGCUUCUUUUAAGGUGUUCUCAACUGGGUAAUGAUGUAAAAGCUUCGGGAGGAACUACACAGUAUAGAUCCAAUAACUAUGUCUAUGUGAAUCCAAGUCAGCCCUCCAUGAGGAAUUACUGGUACGAAGAGCCAGCUUACAAUAUGGGAUACAAUGCCACUAGAGGUUUAAAAAAUAGCCACAGGAAUCCAAAUCAAUCCUUCAAUCAGAGGCCCAGGAUCUCACAAUCUCAGGAUAUCACUCUAAACUUUGAUGAACUCACUAGAGAGAUCGCAAGUCUAAUGAAUGAAUAUCAAAACUUCCAGACAAUCAUAGUGAAUGCUAUAUAUAAUGUGUCUGGUCAGCUCAGAAGCUUUCUGUGGACCUAAAAUAGCACCAUGACUGUGACUUGGAAUUUUGGUGUCUGCGAAGAACAAGAAUAUCCGGAUGUAUAUUGGAUACAUGUCUCUGAUAUUAAAUGGAACUAUUGAAGCCUUUUGUCAGGGUGGAUUGCAGGGUUGCAAUAUCAAGUGAGUGGCAGUGUGGCUCACUGGGUUGGAAAGGCCUGUUAUGGGCAGUAUUGCUAAAAUAAAAAAAAUACAAAGUAUAGACACAAGUACAUACAUACAUAUAUAUACACAAAGCGCGUGCGCGCACACACACACGCAUGCACGCAUUAACUGUACAUUUGAAUAUACAGAACGAAUCUGGAAUUUUAUAAGACCUUUAAUGAAAUGCUUAAAUCACAACUUUGUCAAACUUUCACUGAUUCUAUAUCUUCUGGGAAUCUUCCAAAAACUUUUUAUGAGACAUUAAUUUCAUUGAUUCCUAAAAAAGGAAAAGAUUUGUCUGAAUGUGCCUCUUAUAGACCAAUUUCCCUAUUGAAUGUGGAUUUUAUAAUUCUCUCUAAGAUUUUAGCUAAUAGACUUGAGAGUACUUUACCUGCUGUUAUCUCAAAUGAUCAAACUGGAUUUAUUAAAAAUAGGUAUUCACAUUUUAAUAUUUGAAGAUUGUUUAAUAUUAUUCCUCAGUCAAAUAAUCUGAAUGUGUUGUUUCUCUUGAUGCAGAGAAAGCUUUUGACAGGGUGGAAUGGCCUUAUUUGUUUCAGGUUUUGGAGAGGUUUAACUUUGGUCCGGGAUUUAUUUCCUGGAUCAAACUGAUUUAUCAUGCCCCGGUGGCUACAGUUAUAACGAACAAUCAAAAAUCUCCUUAUUUUAGAUUGUAGAACAUAGAAUUGUACAGAACAUUACAGGCCCUUCGGCCCACAAUGUUGUGCUGACUCUCAAACCCUGCUUCCCAUAUAACCCCCCACCUUAAAUUCCUCCAUAUACCUGUCUAGUAGUCUCUUAAACUUCACUAGUGUAUCUGCCUCUACCACUGACCCAGGCAGUGCAUUCUUCGCACCAACCACUCUCUGAGUGAAAAACCAUCCUCUAAUAUCCCCCUUGAACUUCCUUCCCCUUACCUUAAAGCCAUGUCCUCUUGUACUGGUGCCCUGGGGAAGAGGCACUGGCUGUCCACUCUGUGUGUUCCUCUUAAUAUCUUGUAUAUGAUGUCUCCUCUCAUCCUGCUUCUCUCCAAAGAGUAAAGCCCUAGCUCCCUUAAACUCUGAUCAUAAUCCUUACUUUCUAACCCAGGCAGCAUCCUGGUAAGUCUCCUCUGUACCCUUUCCAAUGCUUCCACAUCCUUCCUAUAGUGAGGCGACCAGAACUGGACACAGUACUCCAAGUGUGGCCUAACUAGAGUUUUACAGAGCUGCAUCAUUACAUCAUGUCUCUUAAACUCUGUCCCUCAACUUAUGAAAGCUAACACCCCAUAAGAUUUCUUAACUACCCUGUCUACCUGUGAGGCAACUUUCAGGGAUCUGUGGACAUGUACCCCCAGAUUACUCUGCUCCUCCACACUACCAAGUAUCCUGCCAUUUACUUUGUACUCUGCCUUGGAGUUCCUCCUUCCAAAGUGUACCACCUCACACUACUCCGGGUUGAACUCCACUUCUCAGCCCACUUCUGCAUCCUAUGAAUGUCUCUCUGCAAUCUUUGACAAUCCUAUAUAUUUAUAUAAUAGAUACAAUUAUAUAGAGGAACUUGUCAGGGUUGCCCUCUUAGCCCUUUAUUAUUUAAUUUGGUUUUAGAACCGCUUGCUAUUGCUCUUCGGGAUUCUAACUCUGUUCAGGGUAUUAAGAGAUGGAAUAAAUUACAUAAGGUUUCGUUAUAUGCAGAUAAUUCAUUAGUUUGUAUUUCAGACCCUUGGAAAUCUAUUCCCUCUAUGAUAUCCAUAUUUACUGAAUUCAGUAUUUUCUCUGGAUAUAAAAUAAAUUUACUUAAAAGUGAAUUGUUUCCUAUUAAUAAUUAUUCUGAUUAUUAUGAUCAAAUACCUUUUAAUAUUGCUAUAUCUUGGUAUUAAAAUUACUAAAAAUUUUAAAGAUUUAUAUAAGUAUAAUUUUCUUCCUCUAAUUGAAUUUACAAAACAAAUGCUUUCUAAGUGGUCGCCUAUGACGAUGUCAUUAAUUGAACGAAUAAAUGCUAUAAAAAUGGUAAUUUUACCAAAAUUUCUAUAUACGUUUCAAGCUGUUCCAUCUUUUGUCCCGAAAAUGUUCUUUGAUAGAAUAGAUACUAUGAUCCUGUCAUAUAUCUGGAAUAAUAAGUUACAGAUUGGGUAAAUUUUUAUUGCAAAAAUCAAAAAAAGAUGGAGGAUUGGCAUUACCAAACAUUAGAUUUUAUUACUGGGUAAUUAAUUUUCGUUAUAUUGCUUUUUGGAUUUAUGGUUUAGAUAAUCAGGACUGUCCGUCAUGGUUGGACUUGGAGGAGAGCUCGGUGAGGGUUAGGGUUUUCUUCGGCUUCCUUACUGGCAGCUCCUCUUCCUUUUUUGUUUUCUAGGAUUGGUAGACAAGAUUUUAGUCCCAUUGUUAGACAUGCAUUAAAAAUUUGGUUUCAGUUUCACAGAUUUUUUGAUUUGAAUAACUUUGUUCUCUCUAGUAAUAUCCAUCUCAACUUUUUUUAAGCCAUCAAUUCUGCAUAAAGCCUUUUUAAUAUGGAAAACUAAGGGAAUAAAAACUUUUUUAGAUUUGUUUUUAGAGAACUCUUUAAUGCCUUUUUCGAAGCUAGUGGAUAAAUAUGAUAUAUCUAACGCACAAUUUUUUAGAUAUUUACAAGUUAGGAAUUUUUUAUGAGAUUUAUUACCGAACUAUCCAUUUGCUCAUUUACCAAAUAUGAUAGAUGUUAUUUUUCAGCUUAAGUCAAGUCAAGUCACUUUUAUUGUCAUUUUGACCAUAGCUGCUGGUACAGUACAUAGUUAAAAUGAAACAGCGUUUUUCAGGACCAUGGUGUUACAUGACACAGUACAAAAACUAGACUGAACUAUGUUUAAAAAAACAACACAGAGAAAGCUACACUAGACUACAGACCUACACAGGACUGUGUAAAGUGCACAAAAACAGUGCAGGCAUUACAAUAAAUAAUAAACAGGACAAAGAAUCUCAAAAAGGAUUGAUAGCCAUUAUAUAUAAACGGCUUAUGGAUUUACAAAUGAUGUCUAAUGAUAAGGUUAAACGUGUUUGGGAAUUGGAACUUCGGGAGUCACUUUCAGAUGAUCAAUGGAAUAAAAUUUAUCAUUUAGUCAACCAUUCAUCCAUUUGCACCCAUCACUCCUUGAUUCAGUUCAAGGUAGUGCACAGGGUGCAUAUGUCAAAAGAUAAACUAGCGCAUAUUUUUUCUAAUAUAAAUCCCACCUGUGAUAGAUGUAAUGCUGAGGUGGCUACCUUAACUCAUAUGUUUUGGUCUUGUAUAAAAUUAAAUAAUUUUUGGAGAGAUGUUUUUAGAACGUUAUCCAAAGUCAUAGGUUUGGACCUACAACCUAAUUCACUUACGGCAAUCUUUGGGAUCACACCGAAGGAAGCAGGAAAUGUUUCUGCUUCUGCUCAAUGUAUUAUAGCUUUUUCAACUUUAUUGGCCAGGAGAGCUAUUUUGUUGUAUUGGAAAGAUCCUCAUCCACCUACUAUUUUUUUUUUGGCUCUCCUCCAUUAUGUGGUGUUUAAGCUUGGAGAAAAUUAGAAGUUGGACAUUUGAUACACCUUUUGAACUUGAGCAAAUCUGGCAACAUUUCAUUCAAUAUUUUCAUAUGAUUUAAAUUUUCUUUUUUUUUACCUUUUUUUCCACUUUUUUAGGUAAUCUUCUUUCUUCUUCUCCGUGACUUUUCAGAUUUUACCGGAAGGAUUUUUCCCCUUUUUUUUGUAAUUAUAUCCUCAAAUAGAAUGUCUAGUCUUUUUUUUGUUUUAGGUUAGUUUAGUGUUUUUUUUCUUUUUCUAAAUAAUGGCAAUUUUUGAUUUUUUUCUUGAAUUGUUAAGAGGAGUUGUGGAUAUUGAGGAGCCAGUAUUAUACUAUAUAUGAUUUUGACAGUGUACACUCCUUGUUUGUUGUUAAUACUUCUAUUGGAAUAUGUAUUUGAUAUAACUUCUCUGAUUUGUAUUUGUCUUUAUAUAAAGAUUAAAAAUGAAAGAUCAUGA